AUGAUAAUAAUAUUAUUAGUAGAUAAAAAUAAUAAAGAAAUUAAUGAAGAAAAACUUGUUAAUAUAAAGAUUAUUAGUUCAGAAACUUAUCAAACAGGUAGAAAAAGAAAGUUAUAUUUAGGAUUACAUUCAGAUUUGAUUGCAAAAUAUGUUGAUAGAACAUCAAAAAAAACUCAAACUAUUUCAAAACAUCCAUUAAAUCAGAAAAUUUAUGCAGAAUUUCAAUGGUGUGUUGAUAAAGUUUGUGUUGUUGUAUGUACUAAAGAAUAUUCUAAAUCUAAAAAAACAGUGAAUGCUUAA